GGAUUGUAUGAUGGGAAAAGAAAGGUCUUUUUCAUCGAGGAAGAAAUCUCUCACGCAAAUAGAAUGGAGUUGAAUAUUAACUUGUCAUGUCACAUUUUACAUUUAUGUAUUAGCAAUAGAAUAACUCACUGAUAGAGCCUGUUGUGUGAGUUCACUAACUACGGUGGACCUAUAAAUUAUAAUACGAGAAAGGUUUAGCAACUCAAGUUGUAAGUUAUUUGACCAAAAGUAUGCUAUUUUAUAAAUUUAUACAAUGAUAAUGUUCAAUAAUAGCAUUCAGUUUCAGGCAUACGGUUCAGAAACGAAUUUAGAAGCUUUUUAUCACAUAAUAAAUUUCAUGUCAAAUACAUGUUACUUUACAGAUUAUCAUGAACACUGAAUAAUAAGGUUACGUCAUAUAAAUCGAUUUAUAAAAAUGAUCAAGUCUCAACCACAGAAGAAUGAAAUAACCUAUUAUGAACUUGAAAAACAAUGGAAGAAGAAGUCUCGGUUUGAUUUGGAUUUUGUGAUUUCUUGAAUUAAAUAAUAUUAAUGAUGUAAUGGAAAAUAUCUUAAUGUAGACUCUUGUAAUAAAAUUGAAAUGUUAACUGAAUGCCACCUAAAACAAUAAACGGAGUUUGAAUAGUGGACUUAGUUCGCUUGAUUUAUUUAUUUAUUCGAAUUGAGCUUAUUGUAUUUAAUUAUUUAUUUAAUUCAGUUUUCACAAUAUUACAUUUCACCAAGUACAUAUUUACUAUAUACGUGUAUUGGAGGCAGUUGAAUGAAUGACAACUAAUAAGUUUUGAAUAGUUUCAUCAUGCAUUUUUCUCAUUUUAGAAUAGAAAGCAAAAAGCAUAUCUACCGAUAUUGACCUUUAACGAAUGAGCAAGUCCAAGUAUCAGUCUACGAUGAUGAAACAUAGUGCACUUUCUGUCUCAGAAGAAUAUUUGAGUCUUGUAAUUAUUAGUUUAGCAAAGAUUCUAAUUAUUGAAAAAUACAAAACACUGCCUUAUCUUAACUUCGUCCUCUCGAUAGGAAAAAUAUGCAGUUUCUCAUGAUUGUUUACAUUUAGAGUUUUUCUGCCAGUUUUUCUUACACCUGAAAAUUGAAUUUCUCAUGCUCUUUUACUUAUCCGUUCUAUUGUUUUGUUAUAUCUACUGUCAAUGUGCGAUAAUGAAUGGUACGAGAGAAAAGAGAGUUUUUUCGCCAGAAAACUGAAAUCUCACUGAUUUGCGAUAAGUCCUAUCAUCCCCAUGUAAGUAAUAUCUCAAAAAUGCUAUUUCUCUCAAAAUACAAGAUUAUGAGCGAAAAUUUUGUAUAAAUUGGUGAGAAAAUCAUUUUCAACACAAACAACUGUCAUCACCAAGAGACUACACUUCUCAACAAAAUGGCUUUCAAGCUCGCUUUUGCCGUCUGUGCCCUUUGCGCCAUCUCUCAAGUCUACUCAUCUCCAGUCUACGGAGACUACUACGGUUCUGGCUACGGCUACGGCUGCGGCUGCGGCUGCGGCAGUGGUUGUGGUUGCGGUUGCGGCUGCGGCAAGACCGCAGUUGUCAUCAAGCAGGACAAGUGCUGUUGUCAGAAGCCAUGCUGCUGUUGUCAGCCAACAUGUUGUUGCCAGCCAACCUGCUGUUGCCAACCAACCUGCUGUUGCCAGCCAUGUUGCAAGUGUUGUUGCGUGCCACAGAAGAAGUGCGGAGACACCAUUGUGAUCAAGGAGCCAGACACCUGUUGUUGUCGCCCAGUGUGUCAGCCAUGUUGUUGCCAGCAACAGUCCUGCUGCUGUUGUGAGCCAUGCUGCUGCAAGCCAUGCUGCUGCCAGUGCGGAUGCUGUUGCCAGAAGAAGUGUGGCAACACUGUUGUCAUCAAGGAGCCAGACACCUGCUGCUGUCGUCCAGUCUGCCAUCAGCCAUGCUGCUGCCAGUCAUGCUGCUAAAUACUCUCUCUAAUUACUAAUAAUAUACAGUUCCUCCAUUGCUAAAAUGAGUGAAUAAAAUUAGUCAACCUCAAA